AUGCCCACAUAUGAUACACAGGAGACAAGGAAAUGUUUACAGAAGGGAAGCUGUCUCUCUCUGUGCAGGGAGGAGCCGUUUUGUAGGAUCUGCCACGAAUGCAGCGCUUCAGGGGAGCUGCUGUCCCCCUGCCAGUGCUGCGGUAGCCUGGCCAUGGUGCACCGGGCCUGUCUGGAGCACUGGCUCACCGCCUCCAACAGCAGCCACUGUGAACUCUGCCGCCACCAGUUUGCAUUCUAGCGCCUGCCAAAGCCCCUUACUGAGUGGUUGUGUUCUCCAUCCGUGCAGCAGCAGAGGCGGACGGUGUGUGGUGAUGCCGUGUGUUUCCUGUUCAUCACACCACUGGCCAGCCUGUCAGGAUGGCUCUGUGUUCAGGGCGCCUUGGACCUCUACUACACCAACGGCAUGGAGGCCUUGGGGCUACUGGUCCUCACACUGGCCCUCUUCACCAUAUACGUCUUCUGGACCCUGGUAUCGGUGCGCUACCAUAUGAAUUUGUUCCAGACGUGGAAGACCACCAACAACAGAGUGCGAUUGCAGAUUCCAUUGCCUGCCCACAGCACUCUGACCCAACAGACCCUGCCCAUAAAGACCUUCUGCAAAGGCACCAACAAAGAGACUAUAGUGUAG